AUGAACAAAUAUGAAGUGCUUGGUGUGGUUGGAGAAGGUGCUUAUGGUGUUGUGCUCAAAUGUCGGAAUAAAGAGACUAAUGAGACGGUGGCGAUCAAGAAGUUUAAAGAAAACGAGAAUGAUGACCUUGUGGUGCGCAAGACAACACUGCGUGAACUAAAGAUGCUGCGUUUUCUAAAGCACAAAAAUAUAGUUGCGUUGAAGGAAGCGUUUCGUCGAAAGGGUCGGCUGUACCUUGUGUUUGAGUAUGUUGAGAAGAAUUUGCUGGAAGUACUAGAAGACAAGCCCAAUGGCACUGAUAGCUACCUUGUACGCUCAUAUAUUUUUCAACUCUGUUGUGCAAUCCAUUACUGCCACAAAAAUCGUGUCGUACAUCGAGACAUCAAGCCAGAAAAUUUGCUUGUCAAUACAUCUGAUAGCGAGCACUCUCUACGUUUGUGCGAUUUUGGCUUCGCACGAAUACUUCCUGGUAACGGUGUCUUGACCGAGUACGUCGCGACACGAUGGUAUCGAGCUCCAGAGCUACUGUUGGGGGAUACUAGGUACUCUACCGCUGUGGAUAUAUGGGCUAUUGGAUGCAUCAUGGGUGAACUCAUCGAGGGUCAACCGAUGUUUCCUGGGGAGAGUGAAAUCGAUCAGCUUUACUUGAUACAAAAGAUGCUUGGUCCACUACAGAAACAUCACAUGGAACUUUUUGCGACAAAUCCUCGCUUUUCUGGUCUAAAAAUUCCUGAAGUCAAAGCAACUCAGACUUUGUAUUUACGAUAUAGCGGCCGCUUGUCAAAGAAUGCCGCCAAUUUUCUUGAGGGGGUGAUUCAGCUUUGCCCUGAAGAUCGAUUGACAAGUGAGGAGUGCCUCAAUCACCCGUAUUUUGAAGGACUUUCGCUGUCCAAAUCCAUAGAUGCUACUAACUCUUCAAAUACAGUGGUAAUAGGUGCAGAAAAUAAGCCUGUGAAACUUCUUAAUCUGAGCGAAAAACAGCAAUUGGAAGAUUUUACAUCAGCAGAGGAUGACCACGCAACUCGUCGGCAAUCUAGUUCGUAUGGAAGUGCUCGAAGCAAGUACCGAACAUUGAAUCACGGUACUGUAAAGGGGGAAGAAAAAAAUUCGUCGCUUGCAAAAGAGAAAAGGCGGUCAGGGAGCAAGCGCCGACAAAAAGAUGAAAAGGGGGCCAGCGGCCACUUAACAAAUAGCACCACGUUGCGAAAGAUAACGGACUCAGUAGAAGAUGUAUCUGGUGUCUCACUUGCAGUAUCGAGACAACAAUAUGAAUGUACCGCUCCAAAAGAUGACGAAUAUGGAGAUGUGAGUCUAAAUAGUGGGCGCCGCAAACACCGCAAGAGACCUAGCAAAUAUCUCCCAAAGCCUGCAAGUUGUGGAAUUAGUAAAACGAAGAGUCUGCACGGAAGAGAUUAUGUAACAUCGACAAACACGGGAGUCUUUGCAGGAGUCGGCAUUGCGAUGGUUCAGCCAGUAUCUCAGCAGGUAUUGCUCUCCUAUCAAACGUUGCCGCGCUACUUACCCCACUUGGGAAGUGCCUCCGACGACCUGAAAGAUUCUUCAAGCUCUAAUGUGGUGUCUACUCCUUGUGAAAAAGCUCUGGAAGAAAGUGGACUCAUCAGUGUCUUUAACAACCUGAUGUAUCCACAAUCUAACUAUUUAAAGAGACCGACUAAGAAGGCUCGUGACACAAUAGAAGAUUUGCUGGAUUUUAAUUAA